AUGGGCCCGAGGGACAGCACAGAACAUGCUUUACGGACGUCUUCUAUGAUUGCGACGCUCCCACGAACACACUCGACACUACACCCCAGCUCCUGUAACUCCUUGAUAAAUGCUUUAUCGGCGGGACUUGUUCCUGCCGAGCGCGAGAGCUUCCUCCCUUGGGGUACCGUUCAGGAAAAGAUCUACCACCUGGACAACAAGGCUGUUACGAAGGAGAGAGACAAUCUCCUGCAGGAGGUACAGGAGAUCGUCUCCACUGGACAGACGCGCUACAAUAUGCUCGAGUUUCCUGCCCCCUACGCCCUGGCCAAGUACCUCCUGGAGCAGCUGCUCCUAGAUCGCAAAGACAAUCAACAUUAUUCCACCCUGAUUAUCCGUCCCUCCAACAUUGGUCCUGCCCUCCGGCACCCGCACAGAUUCUACGGCUUCGACCUGAAAAUUCCCCUUCACUCCUAUGUUCAAUCACUUCUACGGACGGACAAUCAUGGAAUUGAACAUUUAUGUAGCAUAGCUGACCCGAAGUGCAUCAUAGACGAAGUACCCGUGGAUAUUGUUGCCAAUGUUUCCCUCCUCCAUCUAGCAUCCGGCACCACUGAUAUUGUUCAUGCAACUUCACAGCUCUAUGUCCCUUACAGCCUUUCGAAAGUGGCCUCCCUGGUCGCCUCCAACAUGUCCCAGACUACUUCCAUGAGCAUCUGUCAGCGAGGUGGUGUCGUUCUGUCUCCGAAGCACGCAGAGGCAUUUUUCCAAAUGUUGGCCAGGUUCAACCGCGGGUGGGAGUUUAGUUGUGCUCGCUCAGAGUGCCUCCGGCAAACCAUUACCUCUGGGCCUUUAAGUCUGCGACUCGAUUGGCACGACCCAGAGGAAUUCAUGCGUGUGCGGAUUCGAAUGCUUGUGCACAAGUUUCAGAAGCUGUUGUUCAAUACUUCGCGUGGCCCCGAUUCUGCUUUAUACGGGGAGUGUGUCUAG